GAUAAUAUCUGUAUGUGUACUAUAUUUGACGAAGCCACGGUUCAGGCACGACUGCGUAAAGCGCGGCAAAGAGCGGCUCAUUUUGAAAACAAAGCGGUAGUUCAGGAAAUUGUAAUUCAACUGCACAAGGAUGUUACAGAACGAUGCACUGCAUUACGAGGACCUGGAGAACACAGGGGAGGCUCUUAUCGGGCUCAUUGAGAGCAGUAAAGCUGAAGAUGUUCUGAGGGCAGCACGAAAGAAACAGCAGGCACUUUUUGACCAUCGCAUUGAGGCUAAGAAAACAGUUACUGAGCUCUUAAACAGCUUGGUGCACUCUGAGGAAGUUGUUGGACAGAAGCUUUUGGACCUGGAGGGUCAGAAGAGUCAGAUGAUGCGGGAGCUGGAGAAAGUGGAGCAGGAGGUGCAGCAGAGCCUGGCCAAGAGCCACACUUUGGACUCGGAGAUGCAAUUCCUACAGAGAGAGGUGGAGAGACUCAAAGACAGUGAGAAGGAAAUUCAGGCUCUGCAGCAGGAAGUAGAUGAAGACACAACUGAAGUAAUUCCCUCAGCCAUAUAUUUAGCACAGCUCUACUGUAAGGUUACCAGAAUUAAACUCGAGUUGGGUACAGAGCCUCACAUAUUGCGUGGAGUUCACUAUGGUCAAGAUCUGGCAACUCCCAUCAACAUAGACACAUCGAGCUGCUUCCCCUGUGAGGUCAGUGAUGAGCUCUGGAGCCUCGUCAGCACUGACUGGUAGAAUUCUGUUGGGCCAUGUUGGAGUUCGUCAUAAUCUUCGUUUAAGGGUUUUGGGUGUGUGUGUGUGUGUGUGUACCUUUUUUAUGUUUCUAUAUUUUUAUUAAUAAAUAUCUCCUACAGAAUGAACUGAA